GGUUUUGUUAAGGUGGUAAAAAACAAGGCUUACUUCAAGAGAUAUGAAGUCAAAUUCAGGAGAAGAAGAGAGGGGAAAACGGAUUUCUUUGCUCGCAAACGCCUUGUUGUUCAGGACAAAAACAAGUACAACACCCCCAAGUACCGACUGAUUGUCCGCCUGUCCAACAGAGACAUCUGCUGCCAGGUGGCCUAUUCAAAGAUUGAAGGAGACCACAUUGUGUGUGCUGCUUACUCCCAUGAGCUGCCUCAGUUCGGGAUAGCUGUCGGCCUGACGAACUACGCUGCAGCUUACUGCACCGGGCUGCUGCUGGCUCGCAGGCUGCUGCACAAGUUCGGCAUGGAGCAGGUGUACGAGGGUCAGGUGGAGGUGACUGGAGACGAGUUCAAUGUGGAGAGCGUGGACGGGCAGCCCGGUGCCUUCACCUGUUACCUGGAUGCAGGUUUGACCAGAACCACAACGGGGAACAAAGUGUUUGGAGCUCUGAAGGGGGCCGUGGAYGGAGGRCUGUCCAUCCCUCACAGUCUGAAACGGUUCCCUGGUUACGACGCAGAGAGCAAAGAGUUCAACGCCGAGGUGCACAGGAAGCACAUCAUGGGCAUGAACGUGGCGGACUACAUGUCCUACCUGAUGGAGGAGGACGAGGAGGCCUACAAGAAGCAGUUCUCUCGUUUCAUCAAGAACGGAGUGACGCCGGACACAGUAGAAGAAAUGUACAAAAAAGCGCACGCCGCCAUCAGAGCGAACCCCGUACACGUAAAGAAACCCAAGAAAGACGUCACAAAGAAAAGGUGGAACCGAGCCAAGUUAUCUCUGGCRCAGAGGAAGAACCGGGUCGCCCAGAAAAAGGCCAGCUUCUUACGAGCGCAAGAACAAGAAGCAGGGGACGGUUAGGGGCUGAAAUACCACGCUUCAAAUAAAUCUGUCCAACUCAAA